CACUCCACUCCCCCACCUGUUUUCACAUUUCAUUAUUCCAAAGCGCACACAUAAAAUAAAAAAGCCCUCUGGCUGGCUCUGAGACUAAAGAAUAAAGAGAGAUGCUCAUCGUUUUUUACUUGUAAUAACCAACACAUUACCCUUUUACAGUCUCUGUUUCUUUGCCAUGGCCAAAAGCAGAGGAAAUCCCAGUAUUAAGCACUCCAAAACCAGCAAGAAAAAAGAAGAGAAACCACAUUCAUGGGCAGUUGUAAGAAGCCUCUUUACUUGUAAACAUCUACAAGUUGCAAGGCCAGACAACCAGCAGCAAGUAAUAUUGAAAGAAGAGAAAAAUCCUAAAGGUCAACAUGAAGGUGAACGCAUUGUCGUAGACAAUAACAACAAAAAGUGCAAGAAAAUGAAGUGUUCUGGCUCCAUAUGUAGUAACACAAAGGUCAUGCAUAGGCCUGAGCCAUCGCCAUCGCCUCCCAAAGGACGUAAAAAUAAUGGCACUAGUAGUUUUUCUUCUUCUUCUGCUUCGUCGUAUUCACUACUAUCAAGUUCACCAGCGUCGAUUAGAGGAAUGCCAUUUAGGAAGCUUUCAGGUUGCUAUGAAUGUAGAAUGGUUGUUGAUCCAAUAGCUAGUGGGGACCCUUCUUUGAGAUCAAAUAUUUGUGGUGAAUGUGGACAUAUCUUUAUGAAAGUUGAGACUUUGGAACUUCAUCAAGCUGUUAGACAUGCUGUAUCUGAAUUGGGUCCAGAGGACACAAGUAGAAACAUAGUGGAAAUCAUAUUUCAGUCAAGCUGGUUGAACAAAAAGACCCCAGUAUGCAAGAUCGACAGAAUCUUGAAAAUCCGCAAUACUCCUACAACUAUUUCAAGAUUUGAGGAAUACAGAGAGGUUAUCAAGGUUAAGGCAACUAACCUUGUCAAAAAACACCCACGUUGUAUUGCAGAUGGGAAUGAGCUAUUAAGGUUCCAUUGCACAACAUUCAUGUGUUCACUUGGUCUAAAUGGUUCCUCAAAUUUGUGCACUCUCCCUAAUUGUAACGUUUGCACUCUCAUCAAAAAUGGAUUCAAGCUAGCUACUACUACCCAUCAUGGUACAAAGAACGGUAUAUUGACGACGGCGACGAGCGGGAAGGCUCACGACAACGUGAGAGUUGUGUCAAAUGAGGAGGAGGAGAAGAGGGCAAUGUUAGUUUGCAGGGUAAUUGCAGGAAGAGUGAAGAAAAAAUUGGAUGGAAAUAACAAUAAUAGUAAUAAUAAUUUGGAGGAGUAUGAUUCUAUUGCUGGAGCUACAGGAGUUUAUUCCAAUUUGGAUGAGUUGUAUGUUUUUAAUCCUAAGGCUAUAUUGCCUUGCUUUGUUGUCAUUUACAAAGGUUUCUAGUCACAUUGUAGUAAUUAAUUAGGAUGAUACCUUGUUUUCCUUCUUGUUAUGUGAUAACAAUAUUUUUCA